UGUAUUCAUUAUCAACCCUGAAGCAACACAACAUAGCCAGCCACGCUGUGAAAAAAUAUUAAAAUAUAAGGAAAUUGUCAUUAAUCUUCGAAAGAAAUUGAAACCCUUGUUCACAACUACUUGGGGAGUUUGUUCCCGUCCCAAAAAUUCAACAUGGCCGAAGACUUUGAUGUUGAAGCAAUGCUGGAAGCGCCGUACCAAAAAAACAACGUCAGUGCGGGCAGCGCUGGACGUGGACACGGGCGCAGCAGCGGCAGCGAGAGCGGAGGGCACGAUGACAACGAGGAGGAUGAACGCUAUGCGGAGAACGGAACGCGUUCCUCAAAUGGCAACAAAAAGCGGAGCCAUCGCUCACGUAGUCGUAGUGGAUCGCGCCACAGACGCUCCAAGGAUCGGGAACGCGAGAAGGAGCGCGGCAGUGAGCGCAGCAGCUAUCGUGAAAAGGAUAGAGAUAGGGAACGGGAGCGCGAUCAACGAGAUCAACGUUAUCGCGAUGGCAAACGCAGCAGUCGCACACGCGACGAACGUCCCAGCGAUGACAGACGUGGUGGACGCAAUGAUCGCGAUCGCGAUCGCGAUCGUGAUCGUGAUCGUGAUCGUGAUCGUGAUCGUGAUCGUGAUCGUGAUCGGCGUUCACGCGAAAGGCAUGGCGGCAGCAAGAGUAUGCAACGGGAUAGUGAGCGUAAACGCAGCAGAUCUCGUGACAAGCGUCGUCGCAGUCGCUCGCGUGACCUGCAGCGCAAGCGCAUGAGUCCCAUACGCGAACGUCGGCGGAGCCAUUCACGCUCCAGGGAUACAAACAGUCGCCGUCGCACCAGUUACUCGCCACGACCAUAUGGCGGACGCGGACGUGGUGGUGGCAGAUCGCCGCCGAAUGGCAUUGGGGAUCGCACACCACCCACUGAGCUCAGUCCUGAGGAGCGCGAUGCACGGACAGUCUUUUGCAUUCAGUUAUCACAGCGUGUGCGCGCCCGUGAUCUAGAGGAGUUCUUCUCCAGCGUGGGAAAGGUGCGCGAUGUGCGUCUAAUUACGUGCAACAAGACUAAACGCUUCAAGGGUAUUGCGUACAUUGAAUUUGAGGACCCGGAAUCUGUGGCAUUAGCCCUGGGAUUGUCGGGACAGCGGUUGCUGGGCGUACCGAUCAUGGUGCAGCAUACACAGGCAGAGAAGAAUCGACUGCAGAGUGCGCCGCCUCCAUUUCAGCCCAAGGCUCACACAGGACCCAUGCGACUAUAUGUGGGAUCGCUGCACUUCAACAUCACCGAGGACAUGCUACGUGGCAUAUUUGAGCCUUUUGGCAAAAUUGAUGCUAUCCAGUUGAUUAUGGAUACUGAGACGGGUCGAUCAAAGGGCUACGGCUUUAUUACGUAUCACAACGCAGAUGAUGCCAAAAAGGCUUUGGAGCAAUUGAACGGCUUUGAACUGGCGGGACGGCCAAUGAAAGUGGGCAAUGUGACAGAGCGUUUAGACAUGAAUACUAGUUCGCUGGACACUGAUGAAAUGGAUCGCAGCGGCAUUGAUCUGGGUGCCACGGGACGUUUACAGCUGAUGUUUAAGCUAGCCGAGGGCGCAGGCCUGGCCGUACCACAGGCUGCAGCCAAUGCGUUACUGGCAACAGCUCCACAGCCUGCGCCGGUGCUGCAGCAACAACAGACGCCAUCCAUAGCUACUCAGUGCUUUAUACUGUCCAACAUGUUUGAUCCGCGCACCGAGACAAAUCCCACCUGGGCUACGGAUGUGCGUGACGAUGUGCUCGACGAAUGCGCCAAGCACGGUGGCGUUCUGCAUAUACACGUGGACACUGUAUCACCAACGGGUACGGUUUACGUGAAAUGUCCGAGUACGACGACAGCGGUGCUUGCGGUAAAUGCGCUGCACGGACGCUGGUUCGCAGGCCGUGUGAUCACGGCGGCGUACGUGCCAGUUAUCAACUAUCACUCGAUGUUUCCGGAUGCUAUCAGUGCAGUCGAUUUGAUUGCCUCGACACGCAAAAAUGCUGACGAUUAAACGGACGGGAAAGGCAAAGGCGAAGGCAAUAGAUUUGCAACUGCAACACUAUGCAACUAAAUAUUGUUAUUAUUCGUUAAACAACCAAGUUUUGAAAUAAUUUUAACAUUUUUUUGAAAGACUUUCCGAACUCGUGUAAUUGUCCUCCGCUAGCUGAAGAAUAUAUGGGGCAAAUCAAAAUACAAUUACAUUACAAUUAAAGAUAUACAUAAUAUAUAUAACAAUGUAUGCAUCAGAUAAUUAGGCAUUCCUAAUACGCCAAAAAAUCUAUUUGGAUUUUAAUUCGAAACAUUUUGAGACAUUAAAAAUUUUUAAUUAUUUUACCCUAAAGCAUGAUUUUAGACAGCGCUACAUAAUGUAAAAUGCUAUGUAAACAAAAAAAUAAAAUAUUUUGUAGACAAGAAUUUAAAACAAAAAUAAAAAUCAAAUUUGACAUUUUUUGCUUCAAACCAAGGCUAUUUACAAUCCGUGAUCGCUCUCAAAAUGUUGUGUGGAAGUAAUUGACUGCAAUUAGCGAAGAUUGGUAUACUUUUUAUAAAAGAAAAUAUAUAUUUUUGAAAACGUAAAAUGUACAACGAUUAUCCAAAAAGAAUAUCGAAAAAGUUAUCGAUAUGAGGAAAAGUCGUAUACCAAAACAUCGAUGGCUAUCAAGAGGCUGACAAUCGCGUUUCGUUCCACCACCAGUGUGCGCAAGAUAUUGGCUGCAGCUGCAGAAAAAAGCAAAUUCCUUAGACCAACGAUUAUUUUAUUUAGUUUAAACUCAAUGUGACUCGACGCACACAAACACAAAGUGUAUAUUUUACUAGCUAAACAAAUUACAAUUAGUUUUUCUUUCCAUCGAUUGACGCGCGCUUGUGCAGAGAGAACAUUGGCAUGUGGUUUUCGCUUCGAUUUUUAGUGUGAAAGCAGCCACAACACAUCGAAAUAAAAAAAAAUAAAAAAUGGCAAACACAUGCACAACUACAACAAA